CCGGGGAACACGUAGCUGUUGGCUGAGAGGGAAAUACCCGAUUAUCCCAGGGAAGUAUAGGGAGACGCGACAGGGAGAGAGAAUUACCGAAGAAUCCGGUCUUUGAACUCCUCUUUACCAGAGCUACUUCCCACUCCGUUUUGCCUGUCUCCUCCAGCGGGACAAUUAGCGGGUUCUCCCCCAAAUCUCCCAGUUUAGAGAGAAGUGUCGGUGCUCUGGCGUAUUUUAAGGCUCCAGAAAGUACUAUGAUCCCAGAGGCGUCACGCCAGUUCUUCAUCGCCCGAACCGCCAUUUUUUGUUUACCUGUGACUGGGAUAUCUCCGUGUAUAUUUCCUGUACGAUUACGUCACAGCCUUGGGUGAGCAAGUCCGAGGUUAUAAAUAGAAGUCAGUCGGACAACUUUUGCGCAACGAAGCGACUCUCGGGUUGCAUCUUUGUGUGUUUGUUUAGCCAACUUUCUGAAAACCCCACGGAGUGUGUGGUCCCCCAUAUCUAGACAGGUGCAGUAAGACAAGAUGGCUGAAGGGAGAGGCCAACCCAAGCCGAGCGGGAGUCACUACACCAACGUGGUGGAGUGCCGCCAUCACCCGGGGGCGCCGCUCAUCGAGGACCACGCCGCCGGAGACAUGAUCUGUCAGGAGUGCGGGCUAGUGGUGGGAGAAAGAGUGAUAGAUGUGAGCUCAGAAUGGAGAACAUUCAGUAAUGACAAUACAUCUGCUGACAGAUCUCGUGUUGGAGCCACAGAGAAUCCGCUACUUGACGGAGGAGAGCUCACGACAUACAUUGGAACAGUGGCCACAAAACCAGGCAGUCCCGACAACUCUGCCAGUUUCUCUCAGUGGCAGAAGAAGGGGAUGAGUGCCACUGACAGAGGACUGGUGAAUGCUUUCAAAGACAUAGCCACUAUGGCCGACAAACUCAACCUGCCACGCAUCAUUGUAGAUCGCUGCAAUGCUCUGUUCAAGCAGGUUCACGAGGAGAAGCAUCUCAAAGGACGAGCCAACGAUGCUGUUGCCGCGGCGUGCCUCUACAUUGCCUGUCGUCAGGAGGAAGUUCCUCGCUCCUUCAAGGAAAUCUGCGCCGUCUCGCGACACCCGAAGAAGGAGAUUGGAAAGUGUUUCAAGCUCAUCACGCGGCAAAGCAACCCAAUCUUGUGCACCCCCGUCACCAGCAGUGACUUUAUGUCUAGGUAUUGCACCAACCUGCAACUACCCACAUCUGUUCAGAAGGCGGCCAGCCACAUUGCCAAGAAAGCAGUGGAUAUGGAUCUAGCACCGGGGAGGGUGUAUUUAUCUGUGGCAGCAGCAGCUAUAUACAUGGCCUCCCAGGCAUCGGACCUGAAGAAAACUCAGAAAGAGGUUGGAGAUGUGGUAGGAGUGGCAGACAGCACCAUAAGGCAGUCCUACCGACUCCUCUAUCCGCAGAGGGACCAACUGUUUCCAAAAGACUUUGCUUUUUCCACGCCUCUGGAGAGCCUGCCAAAACACUGACAAUAUUAUAAUCAUAUCACAAUAAUAUUAUUUGUUCCUUGAUUUAUUGGCUGGCAAUAUCAAAAUGGUGCUGAUGUAUGAUUAUUAUAUACCAUUGACAUUUCAAUAAAAUUGUUCUGAUUUCAAAGUGUUUUGCUUUGAUUUUAUAAUUUCAGUUCUGCCACAUGCUAGCUUGUAUGUAGCGUGGUUCUGGAAAAUGAAAAUACUGCCACGCAAAUCGCGGACAGGAAAUAAUUUGGCACGGA